AUGGGUCCGAACGCCCGCCUCACACUUAUUCUUGUCGCGUUCUGUACGGUGGUUGGGGAAGGGUGUCUGCGAACAGUGCCGCCGGAGACGGGAACAACCGUAGCGCCGACAGUGCCAACCACAACAACCGCUGCUGGGCCGACGACAACAAGCACAACUACUACUACGACGACUACAACUACUACAACAACAACUACUACAACAACAACUACUACAACAACCACUACAACAACUACAACUACGACAACUACAACUGCUAUUCGUAAGUCCAGGGUCCUUUUCCAUUUUUACAUACGUUCUUUAAAAGCUGGUUUGUUGGAGGUUGAGAAUGUUUUUGUUGGCCACUGUUGCCGACACAGUUUCAACUUAAUUACAUGCAGCUACAGUGGGGGGACCCCAGUGGCAAAAAACGUACCAUUUUGCAUCCAGGAAGCAUCAAAAAAUGUGGAAAUAUGCCUCCUUCUCCAAGUGAAAAAAACGCAGAUUUCAAAAGCCCGCCCGCUCUUUUUGUGAGGAAAAAGGCCGCGCCCUUCAAAACGAAGUUUUUUCACUUGGAGAGGGAAGCAUUUAGCCACAUUUUUGAUACUUCCCGGAUGCAAAAUGGUCCGUUCUUUGCCACUGGAUCAGGUCCCCUACUGUAGUUAAAUACCAGAUUUUUUUAUAUUACAAUACACUGAACUGACCUACUCCUGUCCGCGGGACGGGCGAUUUUCGGCCCUACAUUACGAAACCCCAACCAUUUCAGCCUGUAACCCACCCAGCUCCACCUCGGCGGGUAUCAUCUAUGCGGAUCCGGCGGAGGCAACGGCUCUCUCGGCCGGCGAUACAGCCACUUGUUCGGACUGUACGAGCGGCAAAAAGCAUUGGUAUUCCGAGACCACUGCGGACAAUAUGAGCGACGCCAUCGGGAAUAACGAAGCCGCGCUGUUGGAUUGCGGUAGUUCCGAUCUUUCCAACGCCUGCAUAUGCAAUGCCGACGCGUGUUGUACGGUGGACGACCCAACGAAUACGGACGCAAUAGCGCUUGCGACUUGGUGCGACAGCAACGGAGGUAAAGACGAGUUUUUCGUCAAUUGUUGAUGUUGCUGUUUAGUUUGCUCAAUGUACGCGACCACCAGUGGGAAUGGUGGAUUGACCUGUGACAACGGCCUGAACGUCCCGGCGAAUGACGCUGCGGCGUUUAGCGGCGGGUCGUAUUUCCAGCCAACAGCGAUGAGUUGUAAUGGAUGUGAUGGACUUAAGCAGGAUUCUUGCAACGGCCCUACUACUCCGAACUAA